UGUUAAGAGGCGGUGCUGCCAAAGGGCCUGUUGGGUGUUGUAGUCUGACGUUUGUUGGGCGGGAGUUGCCCACGUCGGCCGGACCACUAGUCCCGUGGUGCCCCGCGGGAGGCCGCGCAGGCGCAGUGAGUCAGUGCCGGUCGGUCUUGUGGGCUGAGGGGCAGCGGCUUAGGCUCCGGCGUCUGCAGGGGUCGCCGAGCUAACCCGUGGCUAGGCGAGUGGGGCGGGGCGGCCGGCACCAUGUCGAGGCAGGCGAACCGUGGCACCGAGAGCAAGAAAAUGAGCUCUGAGCUCUUCACCCUGACCUAUGGUGCCCUGGUCACCCAGCUAUGUAAGGACUAUGAAAAUGAUGAAGAUGUGAAUAAACAGCUGGACAAAAUGGGCUUUAACAUUGGAGUCCGGCUGAUUGAAGAUUUCUUGGCUCGGUCAAAUGUUGGGAGGUGCCAUGACUUUCGGGAAACUGCGGAUGUCAUUGCCAAGGUGGCGUUCAAGAUGUACUUGGGCAUCACUCCAAGCAUUACUAAUUGGAGCCCAGCUGGUGAUGAAUUCUCCCUCAUUUUGGAAAAUAACCCCUUGGUGGACUUUGUGGAACUUCCUGAUAACCACUCAUCCCUUAUUUAUUCCAAUCUCUUGUGUGGGGUGUUGCGGGGAGCUUUGGAGAUGGUCCAGAUGGCUGUGGAGGCCAAGUUUGUCCAGGACACCCUGAAAGGAGACGGUGUGACAGAAAUCCGGAUGAGAUUCAUCAGGCGGAUUGAGGACAAUCUUCCAGCUGGAGAGGAAUAACCAUCCCUACAACUCGAGGAUAGCCAUCAGGAGCACUGUUGGAAUCAGCAGGCCUCUGUGCUCCCUCUGCCCUCCAGAACUCAGUGACUCUUGAACAUGGAUGUUAUAUAUUCUUAUAACCUGUUUCCAUUCUCCAUUCAAAUAAAGAGCAGACUGCGAUAUAGUCCAUUUACCCCAUGUGUGCACAUUCAGGAGCAACAGUCUCUGCCCCCAUUCCCUUGAGAGGGGCUGGAUGUAAUCACCCUUGGUUGGACUAGAAAGAGCUCAAACCAUUUUACAUUCCUGUUUGAAUUUUUCCAAAGCAAAACUCACUUUGACCCCAUUAAGAGGCAAGCCUGGCACAUCUAUCCCUGGGCCUUUAGAAAGCCAUUUGCCUCAAAUGGCUAUAGGGUUGUGGGGUGGAGGGAGGAAGGUCUGGGAGGGAGUGGGGAGGAAUUGCUAGCUGUAGUGUGACACAUUGUAGUGUUUGCCAGGAAAGGAGCCAGUCAUGCCGGAAACACUGACUUCUGGGAAGCCACCCAGGUCUCAUUCCUCCCUGCUGUUGGAGGCAACAUCUCCUCUUUUUACAGAGGGUACAUCCUUUUUUCUUACAAAUUCUUCAAUAAAGACACAUUCUUGAGUGAAA